AUGCUUCUACCACGUAUAAGGCAAUCUCUUCCCCGGGUUUCAAAGGCAUUUUAUGCCACUUCAGGCCCUACUGGGCCUCGGAAUACUAUUCGACGACAAGCGCCAAUAUCACGGCGCCCGAUUCAACCACGGCAUGAGGCACCAGGGCAUGCACCAGAAGAAGAACCCUCCAAAGUGGAGGGGGUCUCUGAAGCUCUUCGAUCGGCAAGCGCACAAGAGAACUCGCUUCUGUCUCCUGUUCAUAUACCAGAGGAUCCGAAUAGUGUCUUGAACGAACGCCACCCGGCUGUUGGGAUUUUGGCUAAUUCCGCCAUUGUAGUGCAGAGGCAGUUGGAAUUCAUGAACGUCAUGCUGGGAUUUGAGCAAGCAAACAAAUAUGUCAUCAUGGAUCCCCAGGGAAAUCAUAUUGGAUACAUGGCAGAGCAAGAACUAGGAAUGGGCAACAUGAUGGCCCGGCAGUGGUUUCGUACCCAUCGGAGCUUCACAACGCACAUUUUUGACAAACAUGAGAAGGAGGUUCUAAGGUUCCACCGUCCUUUCUCCUGGAUCAACUCCCGUAUUCGUGUUUAUGACCCUCUUGAACCUAAUACAACAUCAUAUUCGCCAGCCACGGCCGUACAAAGCUCAAGCCCGGGAUCAUUGAGCUCGGAGAUCAACCAAACCCAAGCUCAAAUUUCACCCUUGGCUCUUUCGGACAUGAGAAUCAUUGGCGAGGCACAUCAACAGUGGGCGCCUCUGCGGCGGAAAUAUAAUAUGUUUGUCUUUCGAAAAGAUGACGGAGCUCAACAACCUAAUGCUGCACAUCCAGCUGCAGGCGACCUCCCUCUCUCAAACCCUGUACAAUACCAAAGUACAGGGAAAGGUCCUAAUGUCGGGGAAUUUUCCCAGUUCGCCUACGUCGAUGAACCGUUUUUGUCCUGGGACUUCUCCUUAAAAUCUCAUGAUUCUCGUCUGAUUGGUUCCGUCAAUCGCAAUUUUGCCGGUUUUGCUCGUGAAUUCUUCACUGAUACCGGCGUCUAUGCCUUAAGAAUGGAUGCUGCCGGUCUGGCGGAUGAACCGCGCCAUCUCAUCUCGCAAACGGGUCAGAAUUCGGUAGUAGGAUAUGACCAUAAUGCUACCGGCAUGACGCUUGAUCAGCGAGCCAUCAUGCUUGCUACGGCUGUUAGUAUCGACUUUGACUAUUUUAGCCGUCACUCAGGCGCCGGCGGUAUGGGUUUCAUGCCCCUCUGGUUCCCGGGUGGGGGUGAGGCUGCAGCUGGCGGUGCAGCUGGAGCCGCUGGAGAAGUUGGUGCUGCGGAAGCUGGUGCAGGUGCCAUUGGCAAUGCCGGUAGAGGCGCCGCAGGUAUGGGCGAAGGUGCUAUUGCUGGUGCUGGAACUAUGGCUGGUUAUGAAGCAAUGAGGCGAGGCACGAGCAGUCAGAGCACGGACGAUGCUUCUCCGACGUCCGAUCAGGGGCAGCCGCCCCCGCAAGAGGGUGAAGAGGUCUGGGGAGAAUGGAAUCCUUGGCAAAACGGGCAAGAUGGAUCCUCUGGUGGCAGUGGCGGCGGGGGUGGAGACGGAGAAUCCGACUGGAGUGACUGGUUUUAA